AUGAAGCCACAAUCGGUGAUUAUUUUAGCACUUGCAGUCAUUGCUGUGAACGCCACUUUGGGGACUGAUGUAUCCACUGCUGUGUCAACAAGCGAAUGGAGCUGCUUGAAAAGUAACUCAAGAGUAUUCACGAUUAUCCGCGGUUACCAAAGCGUUGGAAGAGUUGAUCCUAACGUUGUGCAAAACAUUAAGAACGCAAGAGCAGGUGGGCAAGCUGAUGUAGAUGUAUAUAUUUUCCCUUGUGUUAACUGUGGAAAUCCAGCAGGCCAAGCUGAAGCUUUAGUUAGUGCAAUUAAAGGUCAAAAUUAUGGAAUGAUUUGGAUUGAUGUUGAAGUUUAUCAAUGGUCAAGCAGCCUGACUUCUAACCAAGCAUUCAUCACAACAAUGGCUAAUACACUUAGGAAUCUUGGACAGCACGUUGGAAUCUAUACAAGCUACUAUAAUUGGCAAAGCAUUGUUGGACUCAGUUGGAGUGGAGUUUCCUGGGCACCUCUUUGGUACGCUCACUAUGACAACAACCCAAGCUUCAGUGAUUUCCAAGCAUUCGGUGGAUGGAAAAGCCCAGCCAUGAAGCAAUACAACGGAUCCAGCACCAUCUGUGGAGUUGGCGUUGAUCUUGAUUGGUACUAA